CUGCCACCUUGGAGCCUGAGGAGGCCUGCUGGGAACAGGACUUCUAAAAGGCAAAUAUGUCUGGAAGGCUGUGGUGCAAAGCUCUUUUUGCUGGCUAUAAGUGGGGUUUCCGGAACCAAAGGCAGCACACAGUUCUAAAAAUUGCAGGUGUUUAUGCCAGAGUAGAAACCAAGUUCUACUUGGGCAAGAGAUGUGUUUAUGUGUACAAUGCAAAAACCAACACUGUGACUCUUAGUGGCAAACCAAACAAAACUAGAGUAAUCUGGGGAAAGGUAACUUGUGUCCAUGGAAACAGUGACAUGGUUUGGGCCAAAUUCCAAAGCAACCUUCUUCCUACUAAGGCCAUUAGACACAGAAUCCAUGUGAUGCUGUACCCCUCAAGAAUUUAA